AUGAUGCAUACCAUUGGACAGACCCACGAGCAGCAGAGAACAGACCGAGACAGAUACAUUGAGGUGUAUCGAAACAGAAUAGAAUGGAAUACCUACAACAUAAAUUUUGCACAGAGAACUUCAUACGAUCGGACGCCAUACGAUGCUGAGCCAAUCCUGCAAUACAUUCUUGAUGCAGGGGCUAUCAACAAUGGUGAACGAACAAUGAGACUCAAAGACCAAAGGCUGGAAGCACUUGUAGGGUCUUCUAAGACAUUUACACAUAGUGACGUCAAAGAAAUUAAUCUUGCAUAUAAAUGUGCAGAACACUGCCAGAAUCCACCAAGUUGUAGAAAUGGAGGGUUUGCUGGUUCACAGUGUCAGUGUGUUUGUCCGAAUGGUUUGACGGGAGCCACUUGCGAUCAAGUUACAUCUGAUUCUGGCUGUGGAGGAGUAUACAAUUUACAAGCUGGACAGCAAGAAAUAAUAGAAUCUCCAAACUAUCCAAACACAUACCAUACAGACACCGUAUGCCUGUGGCUUAUAAGGGGUCCGUCUAAUUCCAACAUAAGGGUGACGCUCCAAGAAUUAGACCUGGCGAGAAAUACACAACAGUCUAAAUGUCUUCACUGGUUAGAAGUUCGGUAUAAUAUGCCCGGACAAACUGGCAUCAGGCUUUGCAACACGCAACAACAACAACAGCAGAUUAUAACAACCAAUGACGGUGAAAGAAAUAUAUUGAUUCUGAAAUUUGACAGCAGACUUUCCAGAAACGUUCAACCAGGUCAAAAUCAAAGGUUCAAGCCUCUUGUUGAAACCGUAGGAGGCUCAACAGGUAAUCCAUGUGAUCCGAAUCCUUGUCUCAAUUCUGGAGUGUGUUCAGUUAUUAGCACAACCUUUCAGUGCCAAUGUGCUCAAGGUUGGAGUGGGACUGUUUGUAAUAUUGCGUCUGAGUCCUGUCAAACAAAUCCUUGUUUAAAUGGAGGAGUAUGUAGCAUGGUAGGGAACAGUUUCUCAUGCAGAUGUCAGCAAGGAUGGACGGGUCCAAAUUGUGAAAAUCUGCAACCUUUUCAAUUGCCGGACUACUUUUUCUGGAACAGAUGGCAGCAGUUCCAACAACCAGGCCAGUGGAAAUCAGGACUAAUAGACUCUUGGGACCGAAAAAAUCAGGAUUCACCUAUUGCUGAUCUGUUACAAACUAUGAUUGUAUUUGACUCGCAUGGGCGACCUCACAAGACCAAAGUGGUGAUUCAUGAACUAAUGCAUGCAAUUGGGCAAAUGCACGAACAACAACGUUCGGACAGAGACGAAUACAUCGAGAUAUUGUAUGAAAAUGUCCCUUCUGAUCAAAGACGUAACUUUGACAAGGAAAACACGCAUGACAGAACACCUUAUGACGUGGAAUCUAUAUUACAAUAUCCUCUGACGUCGUUUUCCUUGAAUAAUGGACAGCCGACGAUGAAACUGAAGGAUCCCAGACUAGAAGCUCUAGUAGACACUGCUCAAACGUUCACACUCAAUGAUCUAAAGGAGAUUACCAUUGCGUAUCAAUGCACUGGGUGUGGUGGCGUGAUCCAGCUGUCAUCUGGAGAGAAUCGAACCAUUCAAUCUCCAAACUACCCGAGCACAGUCCCAGUAGAUCGUGAAUGUGUAUGGCUCAUCAAGGGCCCCACAAAUUCCAAUAUAAGAUUAACUAUACAGGAACUGGACCUGGCGAGGAACUCAAAUGACCUGAGUUGUUACCACUGGUUGGAAAUCCGAUACAAUUUUCCUGGACAAACAGGAAUCAGGCAAUGCAACACUAAGAGUGCAAACCAGCAAAUCACAACCACGAACGACGGGGAGAGAAACAUUAUGAUCCUGAAGUUUGACAGCAAGUUUUCCAAGGACGUUCAACCAUCUCAGAAUCAGAGAUUUAGUUUGCAGGUUACAGCUGUAGGAGGAACAUUAGUAUCCAAUCCAUGUAACCCAAACCCAUGUCAAAAUUCCGGAACUUGUAGCGUAUCCGGUUCGACCUAUGAGUGCACCUGUACUUCCGGAUGGACAGGAACUAAUUGUGAUGUUGAAAUGCAAUCAUGCCAGCCAAACCCUUGUCAAAAUGGCGGAACAUGUUCGAUAGUUGGAAACAGUAUUACAUGCAACUGUCCUCAACCAUUCGAUGGUCCAAAUUGUGAAGGUAGUUUAAUAUCGAAUCCAUGUAACCCAAAUCCGUGUCAAAAUUUUGGAACCUGUAGAGCAUUCGGAUCUACCUAUCAGUGCACCUGUCGUUCCGGCUGGUCUGGAACGAAUUGUAAUGUUGUAGCUCAGUCUUGUCAGCCAAACACCUGCAGGAAUGGUGGAACAUGUUCAGUUGUAGGAAACAAUAUAAGAUGCAGCUGCCCGCCUAGAUUCACUGGUCCAAACUGUGAAACUUUUGCCUCGGCGUCAACAUCAUUCAAUUUGCCCUCUGGAUUUUACUGGUUUCCAUGGGAAAUGUUUAAGCAAGUGGACCUAUGGAAACCAAACCUCAUCAACUCGUGGGAUAGAGUAACACAAGAUACGCCGAUCGCAAACCUUCUACAGACAAUGAUCUUUUAUGAUGACCAAGGAAGACCCCAUAAGACUAAAACCGUUGUUCAUGAAUUGAUGCACGCCAUAGGACAAAUGCACGAACAAUCGAGACAGGAUCGCGACAAAUAUAUUGAGGUUUUCUUUUCAAACAUUCAACCAGGCGCAGAGAAUAACUUCGAAAAUGACAGACCUACUCACGACAGGACACCAUACGAUGUUGAAUCUAUCAUGCAAUAUGCCCUCAAUGCUGCUUCUGCCAGGGGUUUACCAACUAUGAAGUUAAAAGACAGCAGAUUAGAGUCACUUGUGGAUAGUGCUCAGUCUCUAACUCACAAUGACGUCAAAGAAAUCACAAUAGCAUAUAAUUGUGCAGACUGCGGUGGAAUCAUAGAUCUUGCUGCUGGACAAGAACACAAUAUUAAGUCACCAAGCUACCCCAGUACCUACAGUGUGGACAAAGAGUGUGUUUGGAUGAUCAGGGGACUAACUAAUUCGAAUAUAAAACUAACGAUUCAAGAACUUAAUUUGGCAAGAAAUUCACAAACGUCGGCAUGUUAUCACUGGCUCGAGAUCCGAUUUAACCUUCUUGGACAGACCGGAAUCAAGCAGUGCAAUACUCCAGCAAAUCAAGUCUUAGAGUAUACGACAACUGACGACGGAAACAAAAAUAUAAUGAUCCUUAAGUUUGACAGCAGGCUUUCCAGAGAUCAACAGCCUUCUCAGAAUCAAAGGUUCGAGUUGAAGGUCCAAGCCAUUUCUGGAUCUUCAAAUCCUAACACGAGUCCCUGUAGUCCCAAUCCAUGUCAGAAUUCAGGAACAUGUAGCGUAUCUGGUUCGUCUUAUACAUGCACGUGUCCUUCCGGUUGGAGCGGUACCAACUGUGAGCUAGCUUCACAAUCCUGUCAGCCUAAUCCUUGUCAAAAUGGUGGGACGUGCCAAUUGUCAGGAGGCAGUAUCAUAUGUAGUUGUACUUCUCAAUAUACUGGACCGAAUUGUGAACAAACCUCACAACAAUGUGAUCCGAGCCUUUGUCAAAAUGGAGGCACCUGUCAAUUGUAUGGAGGAUCCACCUAUUGCAGCUGUCCCUAUCCAUAUUAUGGUCCGAGCUGCCAGUAUUCUUUCCUUGGAAGAGAAUGAAGUACUUUGGACAAACCGCUAUUUAUCUUAUUCCACUGCUAAUUUGUGAUUGCACAAAUAAAUA